AGUCCGCCCGGGCGGAAGUAAAGAUGGCUGAAGUGUCGGAGAGGACGCUGCAACUGGCUGUCGUCUUGUCCUUCACUUCGGGGUUCAUCGUUGGUUGGCAGGCCAACAUCUUGCGAAGGAGGUUCCUGGACUGGAGGAAGAAGCGGCUGCAGUCGAAGCUGAUCGAGACGCAGAAGAAACUGGACUUGGCAUAAGGGGAAAAGUUAACGAAACUCUGUGCUCAGCAUGGGUCACUGUUUCAUACAAAUAACCCAUAUUCACAGAGAAGUUCCUGGAACGUUGAUAAUGGUUGUGAAGAAACGGAAAUAAUCAACUUUGCAAAGCAACCAUGUGGAGCACAUUUCCUAAAGCCAAUGGCUGAAAUGCUUACAGAAAGCUAUUACUUCAACUCUUUUACCUGGUGCCCAAGGAACUGAAAUGCUGCUCUAAAACCUCGUAUUUUUAUGUGCAAGAUAUGAAUUGAUUUAAAUUAUUUCUAAAUUUCAAAUAAGAUUUUUUUUUGAAAAAGAAGUUGUGGGUAUCUGUAUUUUUGGGUGACAAAUAGCAUGAGUUCCUCGACUAUUUUUCCCUCCUAAACUGAACUUCAGUUAAAUGAAUGAAGAAAAUCACCUGUUUUGUUUUAAAAAAAAGUCUAUUUUGUCUUUGGUUGAAAAAGUCUAGUGUUCAAAAUAGAUUUUCUCAACUUGUCUGGAUUAAAAAAUCAUCUGCAUAGACUGAAUUUAAAGUUUACCUAUUCUUGUGUUUUAGGGGCAAACAAUGGAAUGGUUUAAAGGAAACCAUUCCUGAAGUUUGGAUUUUAUCAGCUUUCUAUCUUAUUGGGGUUAAAAAAAAAAGCUUGUUCUAGUUUUGAGCUGUUAUGCAAGAUACUUCCAUUAUUUUUUGGUAAUGGACUCUGCAAGCUAAAACAUUUAGGACAGUAAGUGAACUUCUGGGUAAUGUGUUGGUAACAAGAAGAACGUAGUGGCACAAUGUGGGAUUUAGGGGUUGGUAAUUGGAAACAGGAGUGCCAAUUGGGAAGUUUUACUGCAAGAUGAAUCAGCCACAGCUUUUAAGCAAAUGAAGAAAAAUACAAAACAAUGCAGGGAAACAUGAGAUUGAACUGGAUAACUCCAUCAUGGGGUAAAUAACAGCAUGGGGAAGAUAGGAUAAAAUCUGUAUCAUGCUGUAACUAUUAGUGGAGAUAUAGUGUGCCAAACUCCAGCCAUAUUGAAGUGUGGAAUUAUAAACCAUAAAAUAUUUUAUUUUGUCUUUUUCCUGUUGAAUUGUUGUCACAAUUUGCAGUGAUUGCAACUGAAUGGAGUUUUAUGUUUAUUUACACUGAUAUGUAUGUUUUUUCAAUUAUCAUUGGAAACACUUUUUUCCCUCUCAAUUUUGCAUACUGUAUCAAAAACUCUGGACUAUGGUUACAUAAGCAUGCUGUGUGGAACACUAGGAAGUGUGAAGAAAUUCUUUUCUGCAGGUGACCUCAGGUGUACCCUUCCAUCAGUACUGUUCUAAUAAAGCAGGAGAUAUUGUGGUCA